GGAGCCGCAGGAGGCCGUCACUGCUGCUGCUGCAUAAUGACUGACGUGGAAAGUGUCGGCACCGAGUGAGAAACUUCGGGGCACAAGUUGAGAGCAGAACCCAGCGCUUCCGUGUGAGCUUCUUGUGGGUUUUUACCCCCCUCUGAGCGCAGCACCAUGAGUCUGGACAAAGCGGAUCUGUGUGAUUCGCUGUUAACCUGGCUCCAGACGUUCCAGGUGCCAUCAUGCAGCAGCAAGUACGACCUGACAAGCGGCGUGGCCAUCGCACACGUUCUGCACAGAAUAGACCCCUCUUGGUUUAAUGAGACAUGGCUAGGCAGGAUCAAGGAGGAGAGCGGGGCCAACUGGCGCCUCAAGGUCAGCAACUUGAAAAAGAUUCUUAAAAGCAUGCUGGAAUAUUACCACGAUGUGCUCGGUCACCCAGUGUCUGAUGAGCAUUUGCCAGAUGUGAACCUCAUCGGAGAGAUGGGAGAUGUCACUGAACUGGGCAAGCUGGUGCAGCUCGUACUGGGCUGUGCCGUCAGCUGUGAGAAGAAACAAGAGCAAAUCCAGCAGAUAAUGACACUUGAGGAAUCUGUCCAGCAUGUUGUGAUGACAGCCAUUCAGGAGCUUUUAUCAAAAGAGCCUUCAUCAGAACCAGGAAGCCCAGAAACCUACGGGGACUUUGACUACCAGUCCAGGAAGUAUUAUUUUCUUAGCGAAGAGGCGGACGAGAAGGAGGACCUGAGCCAGCGCUGUCGAGACCUUGAACAUCAGCUGUCAGCGGUUCUGGAGGAGAAGUCGUCCCUCCAGGCAGAGACCCGCUCCCUGAAGGAGAAGCUGAGUCGCAGCGACUCUCUGGACGCCUCCACCACUGCCAUCACUGGCAAGAAGCUGCUGCUGCUGCAGAGUCAGAUGGAGCAGCUUCAAGAGGAGAACUACAGGCUAGAGAACAGCAGGGAUGACAUGCGUGUGCGAGGGGAGAUACUGGAGCGAGAGGUGACCGACCUGCAGCAACGAAAUGAAGAGCUGACCAGCCUGGCGCAGGAGGCCCAGUCCCUCAAAGACGAGAUGGACAUCCUCAGGCACUCGUCUGACCGGGUGAACCAGCUCGAAGCGCUGGUGGAGACGUACAAGAGAAAGCUGGAGGAUCUGGGUGACCUGCGUAGACAGGUGCGCCUCCUGGAGGAGCGCAACACCGUGUACAUGCAGCGCACCUGCGAGCUGGAGGAGGAACUCCGCCGGGCCAACGCUGCCCGCAGUCAGCUGGACACCUACAAGAGACAGGCUCAUGAGCUUCACACCAAGCACUCGGCAGAGGCCAUGAAAGCUGAGAAGUGGCAGUUUGAGUACAAGAACCUCAACGACAAGUUCGACGCCCUUCUGAAGGAGAAAGAACGUCUGAUCUCAGAAAGAGACACGCUACGGGAGACAAACGAUGAGCUCAGGUGCGCACAAGUCCAGCAGAGGUGCCUCAGCGGAGCAGGAAGCUUGUGUGACAAUGAUGUCGCAGUGGGAAGCCUUGCCUCAGAGAUAAUGCCUGAGCUCAAGGAGACAGUGGUGCGUCUGCAAAGUGAAAACAAGAUGCUGUGUGUCCAGGAGGAGACCUGCAGACAGAAAGUGGUGGAGGUUCAGGCUGAGUUGGAGGAGGCUCAGCGCAGCAAGAAUACCCUAGAAACUCAGAACAGGUUGAACGAGCAGCAGAUCUCAGAGCUGCGUUCUCAGGUCGAGGAGCUCCAGAAAGCACUCCAGGAGCAGGACAGCAAGAACGAGGAUGCCAUCUCCUCCUUGUUGAAGAAAAAGCUUGAGGAACAUUUAGAGAAGCUCCACGAAGCCCACUCAGACCUCCAAAAGAAAAGAGAGGUCAUCGAUGACCUGGAGCCCAAAGUGGACAGCAACAUGGCCAAGAAGAUAGAUGAACUCCAGGAGAUUCUGCGGAAGAAGGAUGAGGACAUGAAGCAGAUGGAGGAGCGAUACAAGCGCUACGUGGAGAAGGCGAGAACGGUGAUCAAAACUCUGGAUCCCAAGCAGCCGCCGGUGACGUCGACUCCUGACAUCCAGGCGCUGAAGAACCAGCUGACGGAGAAGGAGAGAAAAAUCCAGCAUCUGGAGCAUGACUAUGAGAAGAGCCGAGCCAGACACGACCAGGAGGAGAAGCUCAUCAUUACUGCCUGGUACAACAUGGGAAUGGCGCUGCAUCAGAAAGUGUCCGGCGAGCGGCUGGGCCCGUCCAACCAGGCCAUGUCCUUCCUCGCCCAGCAGCGGCAGUCCACCAACGCCAGGAGAGGACUGACACGACACCACCCAAGAUGAGACGCCCCGGGGCAGAAGAGCAAACGAAGCAAACGCGAGGUGGAUCUGCUCCGCCUGAACUCCCUGUACCUCUGCCUUCAUGCCUUCACUGGAUCACAGUUGUUUUUCGUGCUGCUGCUGCCCCCUGCUGGUGCUUCACGAUACGAGCCCCAGAGCGGAGAGGUACCGCUGACCGGAGUAGGAAGAGCUGUAGACCUGCAAAAAAAGAGGCUGUCUCACCUUUUAAGGUGAUGUUGGUUUCCUCUGUAGCCUCCUGGACUCACUCCUGUUUCUUUUAAUGUUUUUUUUAAAUAUGUUUUAUGUUAGUCGGUACAUUGUGGUAGACGAGGGAGGAGUUAUUAGGGGGAUUAUAAUUACUACUAGAAGUGCUGAAGAAGACAUUAAGCUACACAGACUGUCCCUUUACCUCCUGAUUCAUUAGAGGACUCAUCGUCACAUCUUGAAUUAGUUAAUUUUCUUGUAGCUUUUACUUUUAUCUGAGUUUUUGUUUGUUUGUUUGCAAGAUCAUGAAGGCGACUUUGAUUUCUUUUGUCUUUUUUUUUUCUCUCUAAAUUUUAAUCAUCUAAGAAUUUUUUUUUCACAUAAUACACCAAAGCACUUUCUCUGGAGAAGGAUGGGUUCAUCUGGUGCCUCACAGAACACUUAAAAUACUCAUUUUAUGGAUGAGACUGAAGAUUGAGAUACUUGCAGUGUCAGCAGUGUCCUCCCUUUUUUUUUUUUUUUUCAAGCAUAAAUGGAUUUUCCUUAAAAAUUACGUCACACUGCAGGUUCAUGUUCAUAAUUCUGGUGAUAUAUGACUUCUGCAUAUUUUUUUUCCCCCCAUUUAUCGCCUAUAAAUGUAAUUAUUAAUUAAGACUUUUUUUUUUAUUCCCAUCCUUCUUCCCAAAGAUUUGAAACAGGGUGUCUGGUUGUGGGUUGGACCUAACUGCACUCACCACUUUAGACUGAGGAGGCCUUCUGGUUGGAAGCAGAAAAUGAGCCCCUAACGAUAAUGACACUAAAAACGAUGACUCAGCUGAUGGCUGUUUACUGCUGCUAGGCCUCAUUUACAGUUUAACUGAACUGGAAGGAAAUGUUUUCAUCAAAACGCUGGAAUUUCUUUUGUCGUCUGCUGACUGGAAGUCGGCGGCAGAUAAAAAAGAGCCUGUGAUAGAUGUUUAUCAAACACUUGUGACUGCCUUUUAUUCACUACUGGUUCAUUUUUCUUUAGUUUGUUUUAGCGCGUCCCAUGUCAGAGCUGCUGCUUUGUGACUUUGCUGUUAAGUGUUGGUGCUACGAUCUACGCAGACCAGAGUCUUUGUGUUCACACGUGUUUCUACUGUCGAUAUUUAUGGUGUGAAGUGAUGAUCUCUGCUCCACAUUUGCAUGGCGUGAAGGGGUUUAAUGUUUGUGUCAUAAUGGUCUCGGUAGAUUGUAGCACGCGGUGCUUGACGCGGGGAUCCGAGGCGAGUUAAACAUUUGUAGUUGUCUCUCUGUUCUACUUUUGCACUACAAAUAAAUGGGAUCUUAAGAUAA